GCCUACUGUAACUUGUGGUGAUGACCAUUUAAUUAAAUUUCUGAUAGGCUCCUUCGGUGUCACGAUUACUUCCGAUAUCAUGGCAAACCCCCAUCGUGUCAGAAUCCUUCUGAGUGAAAAUGAUGGACAAGAACCAGCACCCUUGGUCUAUCGAAUUUUUCUCAGCCAAAUGUCGCUCCUCUGCCUGGUUCUUACAAUACUAUACGAUGCACCUGUUGACAUCAAUAGCCUUUUACAAUUUUCCUCGCCUGCCAUCAUCUCAGUUCUUACUAUACAUGAGUCUGUAAGCUUUCUGGUGGUAUUCGUAGUGUUGAUGCCUGUCACGUAGCCUGGUUGUGGUGGCACCCAAGACAGCCUAACACGUUGCAAUGAAGCAGAGUGUUGAAUUCUGUG